AUGGCACCAAGAUGGAAAGGAAAAGAUGCAAAAUCGAAAAAGGAUGCAGAGGCUGAGGCACUUAAAGAACCCAUGUCAAAGAUUGUAUCGCAACUUCAGUCUUCUUUAGUUCAAUCAAAUGCUUGUGGAUCUCUCUCUGAUAGUUCUGUCCACAUAGCAGUGCAAGCUGAACAACUUGACCUGCUUGAUAAAGCAUACUUUGGUCAACCUGUGAGAAACGUUGCAAAAGACAUGUACUGGUUUCAAUUAACCUUGGAGGAAGCAUUCUACCUAUGUUAUUCCUUGAAAUGCCUCAAGAUUAAUCGUGGUGCUGAUACUAGUCCCUUGAAUGAUGAAGAGUUGUGGCGUUGCUUCAACUCCAAGAAACAAGCAUUCUCUUUUUACUACAAGGCUUAUUCUCACCUUCGAAUGAAAAACUGGGUUGUAAGGUCAGGGGCUCAGUAUGGUGUAGACUUCAUUGUCUAUCGUCAUCAUCCUGCACGGGUCCAUUCUGAGUAUGGUGUACUUGUUCGAUCACAGGAUAAUGAUGAUGAUGAUGAUGAUGUAAAUGGAAGAUUGAGAGUAUGGUCUGAUGUUCAAUGCACUACUCGACUUCUUGGAAGUGUUGCAAAAACCUUAUUAGUUUUGUAUGUUAACAAAAAUGGUCACAGUGACGGGUCUCCGUUAUAUUUGGAAAACUAUGCUGUUGAAGAGCGGACGAUCUCUAGAUGGAGUCCUGAACAAUGUCGUGAAAGAUCCUUAUAG